UAAUAGAGUGUGAAUAUCAUUUGAAUUAAAUAAGUGAUUGCUGUUUAUAUAUAAAAUGCCAACCGAAUUACAGGAACUCGUCGGCUUUUUGCACGACAAGGCUUUGAACGUCAGAGAAAUUGCACUAGAAAAUCUUGUCCAAUUUUCACCAGGUGGGGCCAACAACCAGCAGGACAUAUUCAAAUACGACAACUGCAGGGCUAUCGAAGACUUGAUAAAUUUAGCACAUGAAAAAAAGGGUAAAACUGUCAAUGAAGCACUUACCAUUUUGGUUAACCUAUGUGAUGACCAAGAACUCCGUUCAUUAAUCUCAAAGGAUGAUACUUUUCUGAAAUUUUUGAUAGAGGCAUUGCCAAAUCCCCAAAACUUGAAUGCAGAGCUCAUGUGUAUGUUAUUGGCAAACCUAGCCAAGGAAGACAAUAUCUUAAAGGUUUUUGAUAUCAAGGUUGAUAUCAGAGACGACCAAAAGGAGAUUUUCAAAAGCAACAAUGCUAUGGAUUGUUUAAUGGAUAUGUUUGUGAAGGGAGCUGAUAGACAGAUUAACAAGUACGCUGUAUAUGAUUACCUUUCAUAUUUCUAUGCAGACCUCUCCAGGUUCAAGGAGGGCCGUGAAUACUUUGUUACAGAACAAAAAUAUGAUGAUGUCAUUCCGUUGACGAAAUUACUAGUCUUUACAGAAAAAUGGGAUGCUAAAGUGAGAAGAGAAGGUGUUGCGUCUACAAUCAAGAACUCGCUGUUCGAUAUCGAAAAACACAUGACUUUUCUCGAGGAACCUAUCAAUAUAUUAUCAUACAUUCUCUCUCCUAUUGCCCUCCCUGGUAACAAAGGAUUAAGUGACGACGAAAUCCUAGAACUUCCAGACGAACUUCAAUUUCUCGACGAGGACAGGAAAAUAGAACCACUUAGAGAUAUAAUAUCUGUCCAUCUCGAGAGUUUGUUGUUGCUUUGUGCUACAAGAAAGGGUAGAGAAUUUUUGAGAAGCAAAAGUGUUUACCCUGUGGUCAGAGAAUUACACAAGGAAUCGAAGGACGACAAGGUCUCGGAGUUAUGCGAUCGUCUAGUCCAGAUGUUAAUGAGAGACGAGGGAGAGGACAAGCCAGAUGAAGAAGAGUUAGAUGAGAUCAAGGGAAUGUUGCACAAAGUCGAAGAGAUUGGUGACGAUGACGACAUCCAAAUGACUGAUGAUGAUGACGAUGAUGAUGAAGCGGAAGGAAUGGUUGUUGUAUGCUGAUGGUUUUUGUUUGUAACUUCCGUCUGUAAUGAAGAUGCAAUGAUUGUAUCCGUAAUUUACUCCCGCAGGUGUUUUCUUUUCUUUGCGCCUGGACCCUUACCCUCAAAUUUCCUCAUCCCGGCUAGAGAUGGACUUUGAAUGCCCAAUCACCAAUUGUAGCAAUAUACCAGAAGCUGAAAACUAUUAAAUAUAUCUUUAACUUGUAUUGAAGUUGUAUAAAAAAGAUUAGACAUAA